AUUGAACUUACAACCUUGGUGUAUUGGGAUGAUGCUCCAACCAACUAAGCCACCUGGCCAGGGCUGUAUAUAUUGUUAAAAGUUUGAUUUUGUUUCCCUGAACUUAUUGGAUUUGGAUUUAUGAAGAAGGGAUUGUGAGCAGACACAAAUUCUCCAGUACUCUUGUGAGGUUGAUUUAAGGUCCAGCACUGAGGCUUCUUGAGCUUCGGAUGAAAUCUGGAGCCCAGAGGAUGGAGGAGCAUUUUCUCCAUGUUGGGGUCUCUUCACAGUCAGGCUGAUGUGUGGCCACUGGUUUCUGCCUAGCCAAAGUUUCUGAUCCUCUCUGCUCCAAUUAUUUGGUCAUGAAACUGGAACAAAGAAGUUUGGGCUUUUGAUUUAUUAUCAAGGAAAAUGCCUCCACCUUUCAAAUUAAAUCAAGAGAAUUAAAAAUGUUCCUGAACUUCUUACCAGGAUUUAUUCCUUAGAACCAGAAAUGCUGGGUAAAGUCUAGGGGCAGUAAGACUCAUUGUAAAAACCAAAUAAAUCCCCAGAAACAAACCAGAUUUGUGACAUGCCAAGAGGAGAGUGGCUUUUCAGUAACUCAGGAUGCACGGGAUGAGAGAAUGGGGGGGGGGUGUUGAAGUCUAUUAAAUUAUGAAAAUCCUCAUAGCUAUGAUUAUAUGAAAAAAAGCUUGCCUACAAUGUGCUGAGUAAUUUUUUGAGAGAGUGUGUGUGUUUGUGUAUGAGGGUGUGUCUGUGUGUGUCUGUAUGUGGAACAGUGUAGAAGGACUGAUGCACUGAAGUGUGACGGGGUCCCAGAGACACCACUAGGGCAUCUCUCCGUCCUAAGAGGGCCCACCCUGGAUGUCUCAGGUUCAUCCUCACCACUCUGGGGGUCUCUGAAGGUCUCUUGGAAGCCCUCCAGCCCUCUCCACACACCUCCUGCACCAUGCUGGGAAGGGUAAGAAGGGCACGGUUGCUUCUUCCUUUCUCUAGGACCAGCAAGCACUUAUUUCUGUGUCUGGUAGGAUUUUAAGCUUCUGUAUUCUCUUUGUGUUUUCCAGAUUUCACCACUGAGACUGUAUUACUCCAUCAUGAUGAAAGAGCAGGAGACCACUGUCCAGAGCUCCUGUGAAGAUGUCCACUCCAGACCCACCCCUGGGUGGAACUCCUCGGCCCGGCCCUUCCCCAGGCCCUGGCCCCUCCCCUGGAGCCAUGUUGGGCCCUAGCCCGGGUCCCUCCCCUGGCUCUGCCCAUAGUAUGAUGGGGCCCAGUCCAGGGCCUCCCUCAGCAGGACACCCCAUCCCAAGCCAGGGGCCUGGAGGGUACCCUCAGGACAACAUGCACCAGAUGCACAAGCCAAUGGAGUCCAUGCAUGAGAAGGGCAUGUCAGAUGACCCCCGCUACAACCAGAUGAAGGGGAUGGGGAUGCGGACAGGGGGCCAUGCAGGGAUGGGGCCUCCACCGAGUCCCAUGGACCAGCACUCCCAAGGUUACCCCUCACCACUGGGUGGCUCCGAGCACGCCUCUAGUCCGGUUCCAGCCAGUGGCCCAUCCUCGGGCCCACAGAUGUCGUCUGGACCAGGAGGGGCCCCGCUGGAUGGCGUUGACCCCCAGGCUUUGGGACAGCAGAACCGGGGCCCGACACCAUUUAACCAGAACCAGCUGCACCAGCUCAGAGCUCAGAUCAUGGCCUACAAGAUGCUGGCCAGGGGGCAGCCCCUGCCUGAUCACCUGCAGAUGGCGGUGCAGGGCAAGCGACCAAUGCCUGGCAUGCAGCAGCAGGUGCCAACACUACCUCCACCCUCUGUGUCUGCAACAGGACCUGGCCCUGGCCCUGGCCCUGGCCCUGGGCCCGGCCCAGGACCAGCACCUCCAAAUUACAGCAGGCCCCAUGGUAUGGGAGGGCCCAACAUGCCCCCCCCAGGACCCUCAGGUGUGCCCCCCGGGAUGCCGGGCCAACCGGCUGGAGGGCCUCCCAAGCCAUGGCCUGAAGGACCUAUGGCAAAUGCUGCUGCCCCCACAAGCACACCUCAGAAGCUGAUACCCCCUCAGCCUACCGGCCGCCCCUCACCUGCGCCUCCUGCUGUCCCGCCCGCUGCCUCUCCUGUGAUGCCUCCCCAGACUCAGUCGCCAGGGCAGCCUGCCCAGCCUGCCCCCAUGGUACCGCUACACCAGAAGCAGAGCCGCAUCACCCCCAUCCAGAAACCCCGGGGCCUGGACCCUGUGGAGAUUCUGCAGGAGCGGGAAUACAGGCUGCAGGCUCGCAUUGCUCACCGAAUUCAGGAACUUGAAAACCUACCCGGGUCACUGGCUGGGGAUUUGCGAACCAAAGCAACCAUUGAACUCAAGGCCCUCAGGCUGCUGAACUUCCAGAGGCAGCUGCGACAGGAAGUGGUGGUAUGCAUGAGGAGGGAUACCGCCCUUGAGACGGCCCUCAACGCCAAGGCCUAUAAGCGCAGCAAGCGGCAGUCCCUGCGUGAGGCCCGCAUCACCGAGAAGCUGGAGAAGCAGCAGAAGAUUGAGCAGGAGCGCAAGCGCCGGCAGAAGCACCAGGAAUACCUCAACAGCAUUCUUCAGCAUGCCAAGGAUUUCAAAGAAUAUCACCGAUCAGUCACAGGCAAAAUUCAAAAACUCACAAAGGCAGUGGCCACAUACCACGCCAACACAGAGCGGGAACAGAAGAAGGAAAAUGAAAGAAUCGAGAAGGAGAGGAUGCGGAGGCUCAUGGCGGAAGAUGAGGAAGGGUACCGGAAACUCAUCGACCAGAAGAAGGACAAGCGCUUGGCCUACCUCUUACAACAGACAGACGAGUACGUGGCUAACCUCACGGAGCUGGUGCGGCAGCACAAGGCAGCCCAGGUUGCCAAGGAGAAAAAAAAGAAGAAGAAAAAGAAGAAGGCAGAAAACGCAGAAGGACAGACACCUGCAAUAGGACCUGAUGGCGAGCCUCUGGACGAGACUAGCCAAAUGAGUGACCUGCCUGUGAAAGUAAUCCAUGUGGAAAGUGGGAAGAUUCUCACAGGCACAGAUGCCCCCAAAGCAGGACAGCUGGAGGCCUGGCUUGAGAUGAACCCAGGGUAUGAAGUAGCUCCAAGAUCUGAUAGUGAAGAAAGUGGCUCAGAAGAAGAGGAGGAGGAGGAAGAGGAGGAGCAGCCACAGCCAGCACAGCCUCCCACCCUACCUGUGGAGGAGAAGAAGAAGAUUCCAGAUCCAGACAGUGAUGACGUCUCUGAGGUGGAUGCCCGGCACAUCAUUGAGAAUGCCAAGCAAGAUGUUGAUGAUGAGUAUGGCGUGUCCCAGGCCCUUGCUCGUGGCCUGCAGUCCUAUUAUGCUGUGGCCCAUGCUGUCACCGAAAGAGUGGAUAAGCAGUCGGCGCUUAUGGUUAACGGUGUCCUCAAACAAUACCAGAUCAAGGGCUUGGAAUGGCUGGUGUCCCUAUACAACAACAACUUGAAUGGCAUCCUGGCUGACGAAAUGGGCCUGGGAAAGACCAUCCAGACCAUUGCGCUCAUCACGUACCUCAUGGAGCACAAGCGCAUCAAUGGGCCCUUCCUCAUCAUUGUACCUCUCUCAACGCUGUCAAACUGGGCUUACGAAUUUGACAAGUGGGCCCCCUCUGUGGUGAAGGUGUCCUACAAGGGCUCUCCAGCAGCCAGACGGGCUUUCGUCCCCCAGCUCCGGAGUGGCAAGUUCAAUGUUUUGUUAACGACGUAUGAGUACAUCAUUAAAGACAAGCACAUCCUUGCGAAGAUCCGCUGGAAGUACAUGAUCGUGGAUGAAGGCCACCGCAUGAAGAACCACCACUGCAAGCUGACGCAGGUCCUCAACACACACUACGUGGCCCCCCGCCGCCUUCUGCUGACAGGCACGCCGCUGCAGAACAAGCUCCCUGAGCUCUGGGCACUCCUCAAUUUCCUGCUGCCCACCAUCUUCAAGAGCUGUAGCACCUUUGAGCAGUGGUUCAACGCACCCUUUGCCAUGACCGGAGAAAAGGUGGACCUGAACGAGGAGGAGACCAUCCUCAUUAUUCGUCGCCUCCACAAAGUGCUACGGCCCUUCCUACUCCGGCGGCUCAAGAAGGAGGUUGAAGCUCAGUUGCCUGAAAAGGUGGAAUACGUCAUCAAGUGUGACAUGUCUGCCCUGCAGCGUGUGUUAUACCGGCAUAUGCAGGCCAAGGGGGUGCUGCUGACCGAUGGCUCCGAGAAGGAUAAGAAGGGCAAAGGUGGCACCAAGACCUUGAUGAACACCAUCAUGCAGCUGAGGAAGAUCUGCAACCACCCAUAUAUGUUCCAGCACAUUGAGGAGUCCUUUUCUGAGCACCUGGGGUUUACUGGCGGCAUCGUCCAAGGGCUGGACCUUUACCGAGCCUCAGGGAAAUUUGAGCUCCUUGAUAGAAUUUUGCCCAAACUUCGUGCCACCAACCAUAAAGUGCUACUCUUCUGUCAGAUGACCUCCCUCAUGACGAUCAUGGAAGAUUAUUUUGCGUAUCGCGGCUUUAAAUACCUCAGGCUCGAUGGAACCACAAAAGCGGAGGAUCGGGGCAUGCUGCUGAAAACCUUCAACGAGCCUGGCUCUGAGUAUUUCAUCUUCCUGCUCAGCACCCGGGCUGGGGGGCUCGGCCUGAACCUCCAGUCAGCUGAUACUGUGAUCAUUUUUGACAGUGACUGGAACCCCCACCAGGACCUGCAAGCGCAGGACAGAGCCCACCGCAUUGGGCAGCAAAAUGAGGUGCGUGUGCUCCGCCUCUGCACAGUCAACAGUGUGGAGGAGAAGAUUCUGGCUGCGGCCAAGUACAAGCUCAAUGUUGACCAGAAGGUGAUCCAGGCCGGCAUGUUUGACCAGAAGUCCUCCAGCCAUGAGAGGCGCGCCUUCCUGCAGGCCAUCCUGGAACACGAGGAGCAGGACGAGAGCAGACACUGCAGCACGGGCAGCGGCAGUGCCAGCUUCGCCCACACUGCCCCUCCGCCAGCGGGCGUCAACCCCGACUUGGAGGAGCCACCUCUAAAGGAAGAAGAUGAAGUGCCCGACGACGAGACCGUGAAUCAGAUGAUUGCCCGGCACGAAGAGGAAUUUGACCUGUUCAUGCGCAUGGACCUGGACCGCAGGCGUGAGGAAGCCCGCAAUCCCAAGCGGAAGCCGCGCCUGAUGGAGGAGGACGAGCUCCCCUCAUGGAUCAUUAAGGACGAUGCCGAGGUGGAGCGGCUGACUUGUGAGGAAGAAGAGGAGAAGAUGUUUGGCCGUGGCUCCCGCCACCGCAAGGAAGUGGACUACAGUGACUCGCUGACGGAGAAGCAGUGGCUCAAGACCCUGAAGGCCAUCGAGGAGGGCACGCUGGAGGAGAUCGAAGAGGAGGUCCGGCAGAAGAAAUCAUCUCGGAAACGCAAGAGGGACAGCGACGCUGGCUCCUCCACCCCAACCACCAGCACCCGCAGCCGUGACAAGGAUGAGGAGAGCAAGAAGCAAAAGAAGCGUGGGCGGCCACCUGCCGAGAAGCUCUCCCCCAACCCGCCAAACCUCACCAAAAAGAUGAAGAAGAUCGUGGACGCCGUUAUCAAGUAUAAGGACAGUAGCAGUGGACGUCAGCUCAGCGAGGUGUUCAUCCAGCUGCCCUCCCGCAAGGAGCUGCCCGAGUACUACGAGCUUAUCCGCAAACCCGUGGACUUCAAGAAGAUUAAGGAGCGCAUCCGCAACCACAAGUACCGCAGCCUCAACGACUUGGAGAAGGAUGUCAUGCUGCUCUGUCAGAACGCUCAGACCUUCAACCUGGAAGGCUCCCUGAUCUACGAAGAUUCCAUUGUCCUGCAGUCCGUUUUCACCAGCGUGCGGCAGAAAAUAGAGAAAGAGGAUGACAGUGAAGGCGAGGAGAGUGAGGAAGAGGAGGAGGGCGAGGAGGAAGGCUCGGAGUCCGAGUGUGAGUCCCAGGGUGCCUGGGUGGGUGUUUGUGGCUUCCUGGGAUGGUCAGGAUCUCUGGCUUCAUGCCCACCCGAGAGAACCAGCGGUCUCGCACCCCGUCCAUUCAUAGCCCUCCUAGCUCCCAGGUGCUCCCAACUCAGGAGGUGCUGUGUUCUCGAGAGCUCAUGUCUUCUUCUUUCCCCCUUUCUGAUCCCCACCCCAGCCCGCUCAGUCAAAGUGAAGAUCAAGCUGGGCCGGAAGGAGAAGGCACAGGAUCGGCUGAAGGGGGGCCGGCGGCGACCAAGCCGUGGGUCCCGGGCCAAGCCAGUGGUGAGCGACGAUGACAGUGAAGAGGAGCAGGAAGAGGACCGCUCAGGAAGUGGCAGCGAGGAAGACUGAAUCUCGACAUUCCAGAUUCUCGACCCUAACCCCCUCGUCCCAGGGCCGAGGUGGUGUAGCUCUUAGCAGUAACGGGUAGCAACAGAUGUAGUUUCAGACGUGGGGUAAAACUGUAUAAACGAAAAUCUUCCAUAUUUAUACGGCAGAGAAGAUGUAGGACUGUUUGUGUCUGGUCCUGUCCUGGCUCAGUAGAGUUUGUUAACAGCAUUAACUGUUUAAAAUGACAGAGAAUUAUGAAUCGGGGAACACACGACACCUGUUUUUCUUUUCCUUUCUUGGCAGUACUGUUGCGGCCGCAGUUUGGAAUCACUGUAGUUUAAGCUGUGGAUGCAUGUGUGUAGCCGUCCACUCCUUGUACUGUAUUUUUUGGACAGGUCACACUUGCCGGGCCCGGGGACCGCAGGCCCGGUGAGGGUAUGUCAGUGUCACUGGAUGUCAAACAGUAAUAAAUUAAACCAACAACAAAAUUCA